AUGGAAGUGAGACACUGUGGUCUGUACUCAGAAAACACAGAGCAGCUUCAUAGCAAACACACUCUUCACGUGAAGGAUAGAUCAGGCGUUGGCAAGCUGCUUCCAGAGAUUCUGAAAGUACUGAAAACAAGCCCCUUCUUUGUGUGGCAUUUAAAUUUUAUCCUAAAGCCUUUUAACAAACGGAAACAGAUCUGUAAGCACCGGGCCAGGCGCCCUUUCUCACUAGCAGAUGCUGCAUUUAAAGGCUUCCGCGCUGGUUCUGCAGGUACACACGCUACAGUGCCAAAAGCCUUCCCGUGGGGCAGGUUUUGCUUCUUUUUGGCCUUCGGAGAAGUGGGAAGUGGAGGAAAGAGGAGGAAAGAGACAAGAGACAGGCAGGAAAAAAGGGGAGAGAGGGAGAAAGCAAAACGCAGGCGGUGGGGAGCCGUCCUGAUCGCACAGGAAGGCAGCGCGGCAACUUCACUCGGGCGCCCUCGCACCCACCCUCUCCGGGCCGGAGAGGACGCGGGGCCGGACCAGGAACGCCGGCGGCACCCGCACGCCCCGGCCAGGCCGCCUCGCCGCCCCCGACAGGCGGCGGCUGGGAGGGAAGCAGGCGGACCUGAGGACCCUGGCGCGGGGCCCGGCUCUUCCCCCCUCCCAGGCUGGCGCCCGCCCUCCUCCCUCUCCACCGGGUUAAAUCCCUUCUUCGGGAGGGGCGGCGGCGACCGCGGCGGAGGAGCCCCACAAGUUUUGCGGCGCGCACCCGCUCCCGCCGCCUCUGCUCCACGCCCCCUCGCCCUCUCCGGGCCGGAGCCCGCGGGGCGCGGAGAGAGCAGCGCGGGGACCGCGCGGAGCUUCUCCCGGGCGGGGCGGGGCGGGACGGAGGCCGCUUUCCCCCGGGGCCGCUAGCUGCACGGGCCACUGUUGUCUCAGCGAGGGAGGCGGGAGGUUCCGGAACUCCAAGGAGCCAGCUUUCCCCGGCGCAGAGGGGU